AGAGAGAGAGAGAAAGACAAGAGGGAGGAGAGAGAAAGAGAACAGGGAUAACGGGGCUGUGUGGGUGUGGGAGGAGAGGAGAGGAGAGGAGAGAAGAGAAGAGAAGUGGAUAUGAAUGAUUCAAACCGAGGCUUUAUUUGUUUGUAAGGUGUGGGUGAUGCUGAUGUAGAUGAGUGAAUGAUUCUCCUCACAGGGAUCCAUUAGAACCCACAGGUGCCAGUUGAGAGAAAGUGUGCAUGUGCACACCCUGUAACCACAUCUGACGCGUGCACACACACAGAGGGCUAUGGCAAGUGUGUGUCCGUAUGGGCGGUUCACCCAUGCUGUGGUGUGUGGUAUCCCUCAGUCCCCUGGUGUGGGCGGGGUGGAAGUGGAGGUGGCAAAGUUGCAGCGUCAGUACGGUGUGUUGGUGGGAACACUGAGGCAGAAGGUGGGACUGCAGGUGCUGGAGAUCUCUGCAGAUACACACUCUAACGCACACCUUCCUGAGAGCUGGAGGGUCGAGGACAUGGCCAUCAUACAGGGGGACAUGGCACUCCUCACACAGCCGCUCAACCCAGAGAGACGCCAGGAGACAGAGGCAGUGAGGCGUGUCCUUGCUGAGCUGAACCUGACCAUGGUGGAGAUGGAGGAUGAUGGAGCCAUACUGGAGGGAAGUGAUGUGCUUUUCACCGGGAGAGAGUUCUUUGUCGGCCUGUCCAAACACACUAACCAGCGUGGAGCUGAGAUCCUUGCCAACACCUUCCGGGACUUUGCCGUGUCCACAGUGCCUGUACCUGCUGGUACUCGUCUGAAGAAUAUCUGCUCCAUGGGGGGUCCUGAGACCAUCAUCUUCAGUAAUAGUGAGGGAGCGAGGCGGACCCUGAGGGUGAUGGAGCAGUUGACUGAUCAUCACUAUGACGUGUUGUCUGUACCGGACGACGUUGCUGCUAACUGUGUAUACGUGCGUGGUGCAGGUGAAGUGGAUUAUCUGCUCCACCCCACGCAGGAUGAGUGUCCCAGCAGCGUGUCUGCCUUCCAGAAGUUUCCAGGCUACAAACUGCUUCCUACAGCAUGUAGUGAGGCCUCCAAACUCGGAGGGGCGCUCUCCUCAUUCUGCCUGCUCAUCAAUAGGAAACUCCCUUACUAACACAACACACACUUCACAUCUCUCUACACUUGCAGCAUCUGCGUUCAUCUGCUACUCCAACGUAUAUCUGCGAACACGUGCAUUAACUUCAUACACAAAUUUUAUACAUCAAAUUUCAGGCCUUCCUGUUACUGUAUGUACAUCAACAAAUAAAAGUCAUUUCAGUCAUAUA